CCCGCCCCGUGCCGGUGCCGCCGCUCCGUGAAGCGCCGCCGCCUCCCGCGCGUCCCCGCCCCGGCGCUCGCUGGCGAUGUUCGCGGCGGCGGAGGAGGACGACGCCGAUUUCCUGUCCCCGGCCAGCGGAGCCAGAUUAGCCUCUCUCUUUGGCCUGGAUCAAACAGUCUCAAGCCCGGGAAAUGAAUUCUUCCAGUUCACUGCACCAAAGCAGCCCAAGAAGGGUCAGGCAGCAGCUGGCCAGGCCCAGAAGGCACCAGUGGCACCAGCAGCCUCAGGAGCCCCCUCGGUGUUGGUGGCCACGGCAGUGCUCGCCUAUCGAUAUACGAACGGGCAGUACUUGAAGCAAGGCAAGUAUGGAGCAGCUGUAGUGGGGAACCAUGCUGCCAAAGAGUACAGGAUCCUCCUUUACAUCAGUCAGCAGCAACAGAUCACCUCUGCAAGGAUCCACCCAGGCUUCGUGCUCACGGUUCAGCCCAACAAUUACAGCACCUUCUAUGAUGAUCAGAGGCAAAACUGGUCCAUCAUGUUUGAGUCAGAAAAGGCAGCAGUGGAUUUCAGUAAGCAGGUGUGCAUUGCCAAAUGCAACAGCUGCCCAGCCCUGGACUCAGUCCUGUGCCAGGAUCUCCUGCUGGGAGAAGGGCAGGGAGUGGAAGGAGGAGACUCCCUGGAGGUUGCCUACACGGGAUGGCUGUUCCAGAACAAUGGCCUUGGACAGGUGUUUGACUCUAAUGUAAACAAAGACAAGCUGCUGCGGCUGAAGCUGGGAUCUGGAAAGGUCAUCAAGGGCUGGGAAGAAGGAAUGGUGGGCAUGAAGAAAGGAGGGCGAAGGUUCCUCAUCAUUCCUCCAGCCUGGGCCUAUGGGGCUCAGGGUGUGGCUGGUCGUGUCCCUCCAGACUCCACUCUGGUGUUUGAGGUGGAAAUCAGGAGGGUAAAGCUGGCAAAGGAGUGCUCUGGCUCAGAUGGGCUGAGUGUCAGUUCAAGGGACUCCCCUGCACCUUCUCCAGUUCCCAGCUCAGAUGGCUUCUCCUCAGACACAGGUUUAGUGCCUCCCUCCAGCAUCCCUCCAAAGCCUGGGGAGCCAGCUGUUCGGGCCAAGUCCAGCUCCAUCAGUGAGCAGCUUGCAAACCCAGAUGUAGCAAAGGCAAAGCUGAUUUCUCGGAUGGCCAAAAUGGGACAGCCCAUGCUGCCUUUCCUUGCAGGGACAGCAGGGAGUCAGCUGGACUCCAGUGACUCAGAAAUAGAGGAUCCCAAUACUCUGAGAGGGACAACACAGCCAGUGGCUCCAAGCAGACCCUCCCAGCCAGCUCAGGCAGUGCUGCCCACAGUGUCCACACAAGUACCUCAAGCAUCUGGUGCUGCAUCUUCAGUAUCUUCUGCUGCUUUAAUUCCUGCAACCAUCCAACCCCAUUCAGCUCUGCCUGGAGGAGCACAGGGCUUUCAGGCAUAUCCAGGAGUGCCAUUUGCUUACCCCCAAACUGCUGCAUCUGCCUCUCAACUCCAGCCUGUGGGGCAGAUGUAUCCUGCUCCUUACCAAGCACCUGGAGAUGUCACUUCCUUUUUGAUGACAGAAGCUCGGCAGCACAACACUGAAAUCCGACUGGCUGUGAGCAAAGUGGUGGAUAAAAUGGAUCACCUGGCUGCCAAGGUGGAGGAGCUGAAGAAGCAAAGCAGUGCUAACAGCUCCCUGCUGCCUGGCAUCUCCUCUGUCACUAUGGAAGCCUCCAUGAUCAUGAGCAACAUCCAGCGCAUCAUCCAGGAGAAUGAGAGACUGAAGCAGGAGAUAUUUGAGAAGAGCAGUCGGAUUGAGGAGCAGAAUGAGAAGAUCAGUGAGUUGAUUGAACGCAACCAGAGGUAUGUGGAGCAGAGUAACCUGCUGAUGGAGCAGAGGAACCACUCCCUGCAGACAACAAAUGAGAACACACAGGCAAGAGUGUUGCAUGCAGAGCAGGAGAAGGCCAAAGUUGCAGAGGAGCUGGCAGCUGCCACAGCCCAGGUGUCCCAGCUGCAGCUGGAGCUCACUGCCCACCAGAAGAAGGAGAUGGAGCUGAGGAAGCAGCUCUGCUGUGCUGUGCAGGAUGCAGAGAGACAGGAGGCACAGCUCAACAAGCUGCAGGCACAGGUGGCAGAGCUGCAAGAAGCCUCUCAGGACACUGAGAGCAGGUUCAAGGCUGAGAAGCAGAGCCGAAAGCAGCUGGACAUGAAGAUGGCAGCACUGGAGGAGGAGCUGGCAGACCUGAGGGUGGAAAAGGAGACUCUGGAGAGGAAUCUUGCAGAGAGGAAGAAGAAAUCCCUCUCAGAGAGAGCUCAGGCAGAGGAGGAGAUGGAGGAGACGCGCAGGUCGUACCAGCAGGAGCUGGACAAGCUCCGGCAGCUCCUGAAAAGGGCCAGGACCUCGACUGACCAGGCAGCAGCAGAGCAGCUGUCAGUGCUCCAGGCAGAGCUGGAGUCCCAGUGUGAAGCCAAAUGUGAGCGUGCCCUGGCCUCAGCCAAGGAGCAGCACGCCCGGCAGUGCCAGGAGCUGUGUGAGCAGAGGGACUCCCUGCAGCACCAGGUGGCCCAGCUGGAAGAGAAGCUCACAGCUCUCAAACACUCAAAAAAAGCAGAGGAGCAGAAGUUGUCUGAGGUUCAGCAACGUUUGGAGGAACUGGAGCCUAUCCAGGAGAAGUACUCAGCCCUGCAGGCAGAUGUGCUGCUGCUGAGGGCUCGCUACGAGGAACGGAUCCGACACCUGCAGGAGGACCAGGAUGGAUCUUCCCCUGCAGACUUCACUGAGCAGGUAAAGAAGACCAUGAAUGGUGUAUUUCAGUCUCUUCGGGGUGAAUUUGAGCUGGAUGAGAUGUACAGUGGCAGGACAGUCCUGGGGCUUGUCAUGAACACUAUCAAGACUGUGACACUGCAGCUGCUCAACAAACAGCAGGAGAAAGCAGAACAUGGCAGUGAAAAUGAGGAAUCUGGCACAGGAGCAGGGAAACAGGACGGAUCACCUGGAGCAAAGACUGAGCACAAAGAGCCCCUGCAGCACAGCCCAGCACAGAGCACUGCACCCCCAGCUGAUCCUGGGGAAGUGACCAGAGGCUCCCUGGAGUCUGAGCAGGAAGGCCAGGCUGCUCCUCACCCUGCCAGCCCCAGAGCUCCUGAGGAGAAGCAGGAGAGCCAGAGCAGGGGGGUGGCAGAAGAAGAAAAAGUUCAGGAGGAGCAUCUCCCUGUCCCUGGGCUGCAGCAGGGGCUGGACACUGCUGCCAUUGGCACAGCUGGCCCAGAGCAGGCUCCCUCUGCAGUGUCUGUGCAGGCAGAAGCUGCAGAACCUUCUGUUGCAGGAGCCCAGGCAGGAGAGGUGGAUGAGGCAGUGCUUCCAGCACAUCCAGCUGAGGAGCAGAAGGAAGAGGAGGCUGUGGGAGGUUUAGAGCCUCCUCCCUUAAACGGGGAGGAAGGGAGUGGCACAGACCCGUGGGAUGGAGCUGGCUCAGAGCAGGAACCUGCCUCAGUGUCCAGCAGAGCAGAGCCAGCCUCAGCUGUGCUGGGAGGAACUCCAGGAGCACAGGAACUGGGCUCCAGCCCCAGGCACACAGAUUCCAGCCUUUUUGAGGAUGACAACUUCUUUGAAACAGCAUCUCCUAAACCACUGAAGCCUCAGGUUCUCUCUGAAGAGGAGGAUGAGGAGGAAGUGAGCAUGAAGGGGCGUCCCCCCCCCGCGCCGCUCUUCGCUGACGAUGAUGAUGAUGAGCUGGACUGGCUGGGAUGAAGAUGUGCCUGCUGAGCCUCCUCUGGCCAUGGCCUCUCCCUGUGCUCUGAGCCCUGGGUGAGCUGCACACGUGGGACAUUGGGAAUGACCAGGGACUUCCCAGCUCCUGUCCUGCAGAUGGAUGGGGGCUGCACCAGGGGGCUCCUCUGCACUGCUGGGGGCUCAGCCCCUUCACUCUGAGCUGCCAAAUGCUCUGGGGCUGGGCUGAGUGCAGGAGCCACCCACUGUCCCCCUCCCCUGAGCCCUGGAUUCUUUAACCUCAAACUUUAUGCAAAUAGGAACUUGGUGAAGAGCUUCAGCAGAGCAAGUCUGCCAGGACUCUGCAGUUUAAAAAUCAGACUAAAAUCUCCUUCCCCAGUGAUGAACUCCUUGGAAUAUUUUUCUUAGUCCUCAGGGUGUCUCCCAGGGACCCUGCACCCUCUCCCCACUGUGUCUGAGCCAUGUGCCACUGGAGGUUCCCCCAGGAAUCCCAGUCAGGUGUUUCUGUGAGUCCCUGGCUCUGCACAAGCAGUCUGGGGAGCCCUGGGGGCUGAGGUGGGCACUGAGCUGUGGCACAGGGGGUGCUGCCCCUUGGAGCUCAAGCAGGGCCUGAGCAGCUGUGAUGGGUGCAAGGAGCCCAUCCCUGCCGUGUUAGUCACUCACAGGCAGCUCCUCUCCUGUGCCCAGAGCUGAGGUGGAUUUUGCUGGGCUGUGUUUCUCUGUGGGAGCAGCAGCACAGCUCUGGGAUGUGCUGCAUGUUUGGGAAAUCCUUCCCCACAGCCCAGCCCCUCUCCCGUGCCUUUGGCUCUGCUGCUGUUAAAAUGUGACCAUCCCAGCACCAGUUACACUGGAGAGAGGGGUGGGACACAAGGCCCAGGCUGGGCUGGGCACUUUGGGGUCACCCUGCACUCCAAGGGGACCAGGAGGGGAAAGGAGUGAGGACAGAGCUGGGCAAACAGCCCAGGGCUCUUACAGCACUUUUAUAUUCCACUCAUGGGCUCUAGCACAACUUCACCCCAGAAGUCUUUAAAAUAAACCCCUUCAUAAAUUGAAAGGACUGUUAAAAUAAUUCUACUAAUUCUAUGGUUUAGUUUCUACACCUGCCUUUACAGUUUGUGACUGGAGUUUGACCUGUGUCCCCCUACAGGUGAUUUAUUGGGAGGAAAGCCCCCAAAGAGCAGGGGGUGUUGCUGUUGGGGUUGGCUGGUCCCUGUGCCCCACCCUCAGUGCUCCAGCUGGGGCAGAGACCAAAGCCUGUGACAGCCACCCUGCUGCCAGGGAGGGUGACCUGAGCUGGGCCUUCCUGGGCAUCACUCAGUGCUGAUUAUGAGGGUGUUUGAAACUGGAUUUUCUGGGGAUGAGUGUCAGUGCCCUGAUGUGGCCCCUGGCCCCGUCCAUCAGUGAUCAUUGUUCAUACUAACAAGUUCCACUUCUUGUUCCCUAUUAAAAAUAGGUACCCUGAGGGAUUUGCAUUUCACUUCUUGGAAAAUAAAGUGCAAUUAAACCUGUA